AUGUAUCAACUAACCAAAAAUAAUUACCACCAAAACCCUAAAAGCUCUACGGUUUACACUCCCGCCAGCGUCAGCAAAUUUCUUAAUGCUUUGCUUAACAAGAAAAUCCCCACCGGCUUGAUUUUAGAUCCGUGUUCGGAUACUAACUCGACGGCUAAUUUACGAGCGGAUUUUUUACAAUUAACCUACUGGGACCACGAACAACCUGGCUUGGUUUUGUGCAACCCUCCCUUUAACGGCUACGGCCAUAAACUAGCCUCCGAA